UUCACUUGCACUUUCAUAUACAGAGUUGUGCAGAGCAAUGGAGUCAAAUUACAUAAAAAUAUCACAUGGCUUAUGUCUAGAUCUGUCUUACUAGAUUCUGUAUUUGCUCUUUUCUUUCUUUUCCAUUUCAUUCCACCUGCAAAUUACAUCUCUCUCUCUCAUCUUCUUCCUUGAUCUAAAGUCUAUUCAUCUUUUUCUUUCUCAAAAAUUAAAAGCAUUGGGUUCCCCGCCCUUCUACAAAGUUCAUAUCUAUCUUCAUCUUCUUGUCUUCUCUUCCCUCCCCUGCUUCUCUUUCCUCCUCUACUGUACCAUUUUCCAUGAAACUCAACUAAACACUCUCUACUUCCAUUAAAGCUUUCUCUUUUCUGUCUUUUUGCGUUCUACCCAGACCUUCUUUCUUUCUUUUCUUUGUCCUCUCACCAGUCUCAUGAAAUGAGAAACACCCACAUGCUGAAACUAGUCCUUGGACUAACAUCAGCAACAGUUUUUAUCAUUUUCGUAGUCAUAGUUUUCUUUUUCCGCAAAAGAGCCGCAAAAGAUGAGCAAGAUGACUUGGAAGCGAACAAUAAGCACACAAAUGGAGAGACAGACAUUGAAAGAGAGGAUCUUGUUACGUUCCAGGGAGGUGAAGAUCUUACAAUCUGUGACAUUCUUGAUGCGCCUGGAGAAGUCAUAGGUAAAUCAAAUUGUGGAACUUUGUACAAGGCUUUGUUGCCGAGGAGUGGCUCGGUGAGGUUGCUCAGGUUCCUGAGGCCUGUGUGUGCUACUAGGGAUAAGGAGUUUGGUGAUUUGAUUGAGUUGUUGGGGUGCAUUAGACACUCCAAUUUGGUGCCUCUUUUGGGAUUUUAUGCAGGGCCGAGAGGUGAGAAGCUUCUUGUUCAUCCAUUUUAUAAGCAUGGGAAUCUAGCUGAGUUUAUUAGAGGUGGAAAUGGUGAGUCUCACAGAUGGACCAUCAUUUAUGGGAUCUCCAUUGGUAUAGCUAGAGGAUUGGAUUAUCUCCACACAGGAUUGCUUAAGCCUGUAAUUCAUGGAAACCUUAAGUCGAGGAAUAUAUUAUUGGAUCGGAAUUACCAGCCCUACAUCUCUGAUUUUGGCUUACAUCUUCUGUUGAAUCCUACUGCUGGACAAGAAUUGCUUGAAGCUUCAGCUUCUCAGGGGUAUAAAGCUCCUGAACUUAUCAAAAUGAAGGAUGCAAGUGAAGAGACUGAUAUAUACUGUUAUGGGGUAAUUUUGCUUGAACUGCUUUCGGGAAAGGAACCAAUCAAUGAGAAUCCAACUCCUGAUGAGGACUUUUAUCUGCCAAAUUUUAUGCGAAAUGCGCUUCUUGAUCAUAGAAUCUCAGAUUUGUAUCACCCGGACUUGCUUCUAAGCAAAAACAAUAGUCAUGAAAACCCAGUUACUGAAGAACGCAUUCUCAAAUUCUUUCAGCUUGCCAUGUCUUGUUGUUCUCCUUCUCCUUCUCUUAGACCAAACACUAAACAAGCCCUACGGAAGCUUGAAGAAAUUGGAAAAUAGGAACUUUGGCAUUUUGCUGAAGUUGAACUUGAUCUUGGUGGUAGGCCACUGUAAGGUUCAUUUCAGGCUGAUUUAUCUAUAUUUAAAAUUUUCUAACAUCAACAUGUUUGAUAGUGUGACAAUAGUGAUGACAAUGACAUAUGUGAGGAGCACAUAAAAAUUGUAUUUUAUUAAAGCAAAAAGUUGAAAUUUUUUUGGCUGUGGGACAAAGAUUGUCGAAUUGGUGAUGUGGACAUUGGUGGAGAAAGUUGAUUGCUGGGUGUUCUUUUGUGGCAUAGGUUGCACAUUUUAGCCAUAUAUCCAACAAGCUUAGCGGAGUUAGUGAUUGGAUUUGUUGGAUAUCAAUAUCAGCAGCACAAGAUAAUGGAUCUAUUCCGGUCCCAGCUUGAGCAUGCGGAGGCACAUAAAUUUGUGAGAAAGAGCCAAUUUUUCAGCAGGAAAAGUGUAUUUUUCUUCUUGGACCUCAGCAUC